CUUCUCGUUAGACUCUUACCAACAGAGUUACAAUGCAGAAAGACGGAGCAAAGAGGAAGGCCAGCCGGAAACCUACUCGGCCAUUGCAAAAGCGGGUCAAAGCCUCCGAACCCAAACUGGAACCCCAGCACUUGGUGGAGGAGCCCCGAAAACUGAAAGACAUAUGGAAGGCUGCGUUUCCUGUCGGAAAAGGCUGGGACAGGAUGGACUCCGUGCACAAGGAGUUCAAGUGGGAUUUCUUCAAUCUCGAACGCGCAUUUGAAGAGAAGGGAAAGCUGAAUCAUGAGGUUAUUGGUAACAAUGACAAGGUCUAUCUGUUCGGCACAGUCGAAUGUCAUUUUCAGAGGAAGGAUGAAGUUGUAGUUCCUGUUGUAUCGCCUUCCCCGCCAUCAGAUGACAUGGGGAUUAAGCCGGUGAAUGGAGCAGAUAUUAGGGUUCCAACGAAAGCGUUGAAGAUGGAUUGGAUUCCAUGCAUUCCUCUGUACAAGAAAGAUUCAGCCACCCAAGUGAUGAAGUAUCCUCAAAUAUUUGUCUUGGGUUGCACGGAAAGGAGAAGUGACGCUUCAAACUGCACGAAGGAUGAAAGUUUCGUGAAACGUCAGUACUUCUUUCCGUGUUUAGAUGAUCACGAGGAGGAAGAAGAUGACUGUCGGGUAGGAGGCGAGGAGGAUGAAUUUGCCAAGUUCAUCAUAGAGGAGACGAUAGGAGGAGACAAGGAAUUGUCUCCUGUUGUAAAAGCUGGCUUGAAGGAGUAUGUGGAGGACAUGCUAUUUGAUGCAAAGAGAAACCAUGGAGAGAACGAAGUUAGUAGCAGUAGUGUUUUUUCAUUCAUCCGAGCGAUACUAAGGGACGGGAGAUGCAAAUGCAAGCACUCGGACGAAGGGACAAACACUCUAAAGCGCUUGAGCCGGGAAGAGGGUUUCAGAAAUAGGACGAUGUACAAGUUCUACCGUGUGCAAACACCGGAAACUCCCGACAUUUCAAAAGCUAAAUAUCGAUUCAUCAACAAGUACUACGGCACAGCUCUUGAGGUUCUGUAA